CAGUGCAACGUCGGCCAGAGAUGAACUCCACUCCGCCACCUCGACUGCUGCUCUUGGUGUUACCGUUUCUGCUUCUGCUGCAGACAUGGCCCAGCCUGGCUGAAGAGACACAAGUAUUACCAACGUGCACUGGCUACCCAGGGAUACCAGGCACACCGGGCAACAAUGGACUGCCAGGGAGAGAUGGACGAGAUGGAAAAGAGGGAAGAGAAGGAACAAAGGGAGAGAAGGGGGAAAUUGGUGCCCAAGGUCCUCCAGGAAAUGACGGACCAGCUGGACUACCAGGAUUCCAAGGUACCCCAGGAGAUGCUGGGCCGAGAGGAGAAAGAGGCCUGCAAGGUCCCCCAGGGAAAUCAGGGCCAUCAGGGGAGAUGGGACUCAAAGGAGAAAAGGGAGAUCCAGGACCAGUUGGCAUCCCAGGACCACCACACAAUGAGAUCCAGAUUGCACAACUGGAAACCCAGCUUCAAUCAAUUUCCAAGAUGUGGGACAAAUUCUCUAAACUUGGAAGACGUUUUACUUUUACCCACUGGACAGUUCAUAAACACAAACUCUUGGCAGUCACCCACACGAAGGGCAACUUUGAAAAUGUCCUGAAGCUCUGCAGAGAGGCCGAAGGUUUGAUGUUCUACCCAGAAGACGAAGAAGAAAACAGCAUCCUCCAAGCGUUUCACAGGAAAGUGGGAGUGCUGUACGUUGGCGCCACUGACACAAAGACAGAGGGCACCUUCACAGACCUUAACGACAGGCCGUUAUCGUUCACUAAGUGGCAGGCUGGAGAGCCCAAUAACUCAGGAGGCAACGAGAACUGCAUCCAUACUUUGGAUAAUGGAGAGUGGAAUGACACCUCCUGCAAUGGUGAAUUUUACACUGUAUGCCAGUUUUAAUCGGGCUUUGUAAAGUUUGAGUUCCGUCCUGGAAUGGAAAAUAGGAAAUUUUUGAACUGCAGACUGUUUAUUUUUAAUUUUAAUUAUUUUGCUCAAAUGAACCAGGAUGAAUUGAAUUUGCAGGACUUCAAGGACCCUUUCUUUUCUUGUACAUUCUUUCUGUAUUGUACCAGUACUAAAUGUAUCUGUUCCAGUCAA